CUCGGCGCGAAUGGAGUCACUGAGUACUCGCGGAUUGUUCAGACUUCAUACCAAAUUUCCAAUUCCCUCUUUCAGAAAUUUCCAGUUCCCUUUGGACAGAAAACAGAAGAACCACGCAUACUCGGCAGAGACGUCUCGCUCGAUUGAUGUUCUAUGGUGGAUUGUUCUACGGUGCUUGAUUUCGCUUGAAAGACUCGUAGAGUUCCUGUUUGCAGAAAGGUUGAUGUCUGCUAGAAUGGAGGAUGGGAAAGAAGAUGAGACUGUUUUUCUCAAUCGCACUUCUCGAGCAACGAGAGGCAAAAGGAUGACCACGUUGCUUGAUGAGGAGAUUGAAGAGGAUGAAUUGUUCUGGAAUCAGGAUGCUCUGAAAGAGGAUGAAAAUGACGAAAAUUAUGAAGAAGUUGAGGGGGAGGCUGCCGAUGUUUUUGAUAGUGACUUUGAUGAUGAUGAACCGGAGCCAGAUGAAGAAAUAGAAAAUGAAGGAGAUGGCAGGGAGAGAACAAAGAAGAAACUAAUAUUUCCUGGAAAGCAAUUGCCAAAGAGAAAGAAGAAAAAGGUCCUUUCCAAACUAGGAAAAGAUCCCAAGGACGAAAGAGCUCUGGAGCAGUCUACCCUGCCUGAACAUCAUGAUAUGCCUGACGAUGUAGAAGAGAAAAUGGUUAGGAAAUCGACAAGGACUUCAGUUAUUGUGAGGCAAGCUGAAAGAGAUGCAAUACGUGCAGCUUUGGAAGCAACAAUGAAGCCAAUUAUUAGAAGGAAAAAGGAAGGCGAGGAGAAGAGGAUGACCCAAGAAGAGAUGCUUCUGGAAGCAGCUCAAACAGAAAUCAUGAACUUGAGACACUUAGAACGCGUGUUAGCAAGGGAGGAAGAAUUUAAGAAAAGAGCGGUCGUGUACAAAGCAGUUUAUAGUGGCCCUCAGACACGAUAUCUUUCUAGAAAUGGGAAAUCCUAUCUAGAAUUCUGUAAAGGAUUGUCAUUUCAGGCAAAGAUUUCUACAGGUUCCACUCCGUAUCCGAAGAGGGCUGUGUGUGCAGUUACUGGGUUGCCUGCGAAGUACCGUGAUCCAAAAACUGGGCUACCUUAUGCAACGAAAGAAGCUUUUAAAAUAAUUCGCGAACGUUUCGAGGAAAACAGCAGAGCUAGUGAGAAGAAGAGCAUGGGGUUUCUUUGUGAUGUGAUUUCUGGGGAAGGAUUUUCCAAAAAGCAGAAGAGAUCAGUUAUUCCAAAUAUGAGGGAGGAAUCUGAUUUUCGGUAUUCAGCUCGCUUCCGCACCAUUCCAGCUCUUGAAAUAAUCGACGACUCUGAGUAGCUGUCGUCGUAAAUAAGAGGUCAGCCGCUCACAUCCGGCUUCUAGGCAAUUUGGGCUGGAGAUUGGAUCCUUGAGGGCCGAAGGUUGAAAUGAUAAUGUGUAGGAUCACCACGUUUAGAAAGCAAUAGCAUGUUUCUGUUACAAAUAUAGGAUACCUCGGCUAUUUAAGCUUGAGCUAUUAAUAUAUGCCCAGUGUUCUGGGGUUUGGUAA